CAGGUGGAGCGGGGCCUCCCCCGGGCUGAUGAGUUCCCUACGGUCCCGGCGCUGUCCUGGGUGAGCCAGAGGCCCCGGCCCCGCGGGGACCAUGCCAGAGAUGCUCCUGCUCAGGUCUGCCGGCUCCGUCCUGAGGACCGUGUAAGGAAGCAGGCCCCCCCUCCUCCGCUGGCGCUGGACCCCCGGUCACUGCACUUAAUCACCCUCCCAGUCGUACCAAAGCAUUGUCCCCUCCUUACUCCCAGAAAGAUCCGUGACGGCCCCGGAAGUAGGAGGAGAGCAGACAUGCACAUGAACUUUGCAGGGCUCACAUGUGCUCAUGACGCCACAGGGUUGACAUGGAGGACCGGGGCUCAGAGAGGUGCAGUGCCUUGCCCACAGUCACCCAGCUAGUGAAGCGAGCUGAACCCAGGCAGGCCAGUUCUGACGAACCUCAAUGCUAUAUUGUCCAAGAAGGCAUUUAUUGAGCCCCUGUUGUGUACAGGACAGUGACCUGGCUGCUAAAGGCUGAAAGGGAAGAAAGACCACAGAAAUAGCCAGGCGAUGCACCCCCGUCCAGGAGGGGCUCCCAUGGGAAAGCCCAUGGGCUUGUGUGUCUGCUGACUCCUGCUCUGCACAUCAGUGUGCCCCAGGGCCCAAGGACACACGGCCCACAGAGCUUACCAAGCCAUGUGUGGCCUUCAGAGCCUAAACCUGAGUGUUCAAAGGCUGUGAGAGUGAGAGUGUUGCAGAUAAUCCCUGAGGGCCCCCUGGAGGAGUUGCUGAAUGAGGCUCAGUGGGCUCUCCCAUCAGCACCUCUGGCAAGACAGGAAGAGAAGGGAGAGACCACCUGACCAGAGAUGGUCAGGAGAGGGGGUGCAGGCUCCCCCAGGCCCCCGCCCAGCCCCCACCACACAGUGUAUGCACACCACGCUCCCUUCGAGGGCUUCCUUGCUCCCAGAGCCACUGGGCAGGUGCUAAAGACAUUUGGUUUCUCUGUAAGAAGAGGGCUAGGUGCUUAUGGGGUGUGUGAGGGCAGGAGUGUGGUGUUCCAGAAGGCCGGGAACACUGUGCUAACCACCUGCGUCGGGCCGGGGCGCUAAUCACGGUGGCCCCACCUCACCUGAGGGUCCCUGAGUGGAUCGCGGUGCCACGCUGUCCAGAGCGCAGGAGUCAGAAGGGCCCAGGUGCGUGUGAGGGGUCAGAGCAGUGGGGACGCUUCGCAUGUCAUGUGCCCUCUUUUGAGGAUGACAAAUCCCACUCUGGAAGCUGUGCCUCUGGCUUACAGUCUGGGGACAGCAGGCUGGGUGGUCCGGCUUCGCUAUGAUGCACCCCAGGGUGCCCCAGGUGAGCGGCUGCCCCCACAGGAACGCAGGGAGGGUGAGCUAUGAUACAGCAGCGGCGUCCCCAACGCUGAUAUGGGGGCUGCGGCCACGUGGGAGGGCGCAGACCCCAGCACGACAGGGCGUGGCUCCCUUCCUGGGCGUGUUCUGAGUGGACAGGACACCAGUUACUAGUUAUGGCCCCGAGUGAGCAGGAACGUUAUGGGAAGGUUGGGCUCAGUCGAUGGGCGAGGGUGACAUCCCCGGAAAGAGAUGGGAUCUCAAGGGCUCUGGUGAGGGGAAGAGCGUGCUUUCCUCACUUGGAAAAUUGGAAUUUGGCCUUCUCUUAAUUAGGCGUCUGGUAUCCUUCGGGCACAGGGCUUAGGGGUUGAGUAGGAACCUCUUGCCCGACGUGGGCCGUGAGCAAGGUGUCCCCUGUCACGGCAGGCAGAGGCAGGGGACCCACUCCACCCUGUCAACGAGGGAAGGACAGAGCAGGAUGGGGGAGUGGAUGUCAGCACAUCUGAGUCACGAGAGACCGGCCAAGGUCCCCAGCAAACAGAAGGCUCUAGUCAUGAUGAGUAUGUUUGGCUCGCGGCUUCCUUAGGCGGCCGUCUUUUCCUGUAGUCUGGGUUUCGCUGUUUUAAAUCCAGAACCAGUUUAUACAGAUUUCAUUAGCGGGGGAAAUGUCUGUGCCUUUUGAUGGCAAGGGUUUCCAGACUUGUCUGUGAGGAGGUGGCUUGGAUGGCGAGCGAUCACAGCCAGUGGCGGCCCUGGCCCGUCCAAGGGUGAGCUGCCCAGCGGGUGCUGUCAAAGGCCAACCCUCUGGAAGACUCGCUCGUCUUCGGGACGUGGCCGGGACAGCAUGGACAUUGCACCAAGUUUGUGGCACCCGCGUUGGGGCUCCCGGUGGGGGACCCUCAUUCGUGUCUGCGCCCAGAGCUCAGGGCUGUUUGUAUCAGUAUAAUGUGGUGGGGCCCCUCUGCGACCCCAACGUAAUGGUGGUGACCAAUGACCCACAGUCGGCUGGACAAGCUCCAAGCUCAGAACCCUCCGCCUGGUGUGGAAGCCCCACCCCAGAAAUUGUAUCCUUUCACCCCUCCGGUGGCUUCCCUGGGACAGGCCACCUUGCUCACACACAAGAAGGGGACCAACUCAGCCCCCACUCAGCCCCCUUGUCCCUACGCCUCUCCCUUCACAACCUCCUGAUGUCUUUCGAUUUAAAACCUAUCAGGUUCUUAAGCAGACUGCCUCCAGGUGGGCCUGGGUGUGUUCGCAAACUUAGUUUGAACAUGCAGUACCAGCAAGAAGUAAGACCGAGUGUGACAAACAGCUCUCCAAGUGAUGGGCAGACGCUCUCCAAAGAGUCCCUCGGCCAUGCUCUCCCGCUCUCGUCCCUGGAGAAGGCGAGGGGUGCCCAGCUGGAUUGCUCAGAGGAGCCGCUGUGGACCACCCGGGCCGACGGACGCGUCCACCUGCGUGUCCACCCCACCUGCCCACAGCCGCCCUACACCGUGCACCAGAUGUUCCACGAGGCCCUGGACAAGUACAGGGACCUCAGCGCCCUGGGCUGCAAGCGCCAGGGCGUGUGGGAGCACAUCUCUUACUCCCAGUACUACCUGCUGGCCCGGAGAACCGCCAAGGGCUUCUUGAAGCUCGGCCUGGAGCGGGCCCACAGCGUGGCCAUCCUUGGCUUCAACUCCCCGGAGUGGUUCUUCUCGGCGGUGGGCACGGUGUUUGCAGGGGGCAUCGUCACCGGCAUCUACACCACCAGCUCCUCGGAGGCCUGUCAGUACAUCGCCCACGACUCCCGCGCCAACAUCAUCGUGGUCGACACACAGAAGCAGCUGGAAAAGAUCUUGAAGAUCUGGAAAAACCUGCCACAUCUGAAGGCCGUAGUGACAUACAGAGAGGCCCCUGCAAGGAAGAUGGCCCGCGUGUACACGAUGGACGAAGUCAUGGGGCUGGGGGACGAGCUGCCGGAGGAGACCCUGGACGCUGUCAUCAGUGCCCAGCAGCCCAACCAGUGCUGUGUGCUGAUCUACACCUCGGGCACCACCGGGAGCCCCAAGGGCGUGAUGCUGAGUCAGGACAACAUCACGUGGACGGCGCGGCACUGCAGCCAGGCCGGCGGCAUCCAGGCGGCGGAAGUCCAGCAGGAGGUGGUGGUCAGCUACCUGCCCCUCAGCCACAUCGCCGCGCAGAUCUACGACUUGUGGACAGGCAUCCAGUGGGGGGCGCACAUCUGCUUCGCCGAGCCUGACGCCCUGCAGGGGAGCCUGGUGAACACGCUGCGGGAGGUGGAGCCCACGUCCCACCUGGGGGUGCCUUGGGUGUGGGAGAAGAUAAUGGAACGCAUCCAGGAGGUGGGGGCUGGGUCUGGCUUCAUCCGGCGCAAGAUGCUGCUGUGGGCCAUGUCGGUGACUCUGGAGCAGAACGUGACGUGCCCCAGCAGGUGGCCAGGCCGCCGUGCGCCCACCCAAUACUCACCUUUUUCAUGUGAGCGUGUGGUUCUUCCUGCGGACCGUUCUCCUUCCCCCACCAGUGACCUGAAGUCCUUCAAGGCCAGGCUGGCAGAUUUCCUGGUGCUGGCCAAGGUCCGCCGGGCGCUGGGCUUUGCCAGAUGUCGGAAGAACUUCUGCGGAGCAGCCCCCUUGACCACAGAGACACAGCAGUUCUUUCUGGGCCUCGACAUCCCCUUGUAUGGCGGCUACGGCCUCAGCGAGACCUCAGGGCCCCCCUUCGUAUCCAGCCUCUCCAACUACCGCCCCGGCAGCUCCGGCAAGGCGGUGCCAGGCUGCCUGGUGAAGCUGGUGAACAAGGACGCGGAGGGCGUCGGGGAGAUCUGUCUGUGGGGCCGCAACAUCUUCAUGGGCUACCUAAACAUGGAGGACAAAACGACUGAGGCCAUCGACGCCGAGGGCUGGCUGCACACAGGCGACACCGGGCGGCUGGACGAGGACGGCUUCCUCUUCAUCACCGGACGCCUCAAAGGACACCUGGAGCCGCGUGCGGUGAAUGGCCGUGGGGACAGCGAUCGUCCUGUGUUGUUCCUGAUCUCGGGAGGGACACUUUCAACAUCUUAUCCUGGAGUGUGUUUCGCGUGGGGUCUUGGGGGGUGUUCGUCUCCAUGCCGCUUGCCGAGGGUUUCUAGCGGGUACUGACGGUGUAAGACGCAGGUUGGGGUGAGCGGGUGGUCAGGGAAAGCGCAGGAAGGCAGGGGUGGUGAGGGACGCCCACUCUCGCUGCCCUAGACACGCCCGGUCUGACGGCUUCCUCCCCGGCCGUCCUCUGUGCCACGGCCCGGUGAGCUCGCUGCAGCCAGGGGCUGUCUCAUUCUUCUCCUCUGCCCGACGUCAACAUGGGGCCCGCACACAGUGUGACCGAUUCCUCUGUGUCCAACUAGAACAGGGGCACAAUCGAGCUAGAGCAGUCCAGGUGUAUUCAGUAAACGUCUGCUUACUCCCACCUGGCCUGGCGGGAAGAGACCAGAGCGCUGAGUGCCAGCACCUGCUCAUGCACGGCCCUCCGCAGGACGAGGGGCGGACGCUGUGAGAGCAGCUUAGACGAGGGAGGGCCAGCGUGGACGAGGCGGGGGGCCUCCUGAGCUGAGCGGCCCUUGAGAGCAGGCGGUGCGCUCUGGACUGCUGGGGAGGGGAGGGCGUUUGGGAAGGGGGUAGGCGAGUCAGAGGUGCUUCCGAGGGUGUGCGCCGCCCCCCGCCAACCCCCCUGCCGGCUGCACCUCCCCAAGUGGCCGGUGUGGCUUCCAGGGGCCGUGGCCCAGGCUUGGGUCCUGGUUCCGCGGGGGUGCUGGACUAAAGCCUGUGCCGGGGGCCUGGCCCUGCCUCCCCAGAGAUAAUCAUCACAGCCGGAGGGGAGAACGUGCCCCCUGUGCCCAUCGAGGAUGCCGUGAA